AUGAAGAUCUCAUCUUGUGGUAUCCAUGGCUUUCAUGAGACAGUAGGCAUUGAUAGCGAUGUCCUACUCUUUCACUGGAAACUUGAGAGCGACCUUGAAGGCGAGAAGCAAGAUGCCUAUCAAGUCAUCGUACGCAAGGGAUCUAGUUCUGGAGAAGUCCUCUGGGAUUCGGGACGUUGCGAUGGGCCACAGCAGAGAAAUAUUCGAUGCGAACCUCAAGAAAAGCCCCUUUAUCUCCGCAAAACUAUCACGCUCGAACGAAAACCCACGAGAGCUGUUGCAUUUGUCUGUGGACUUGGACAUCAUCAGUUUAGAGUGAAUGGACAAGCGGCUUCGGAGCAUGUUCUUGAUCCAGGAUGGACGGAUUAUCAUACGACUGUUCAAUACGUUGCUCAUGAUGUUACGGAGCGACUUUCGGUUGGAGAGAAUGUGCUUGGGGCGCAUAUUGGAAAUGGUUUCUCUGCCGGUGAUCAAGGGGACCGCUUCUUCUGGCCAAAGUAUGAAGAUAAUACUUAUGUCCGGUAUGGAAAUGAGCUUUGCUUCUUCGCUGAAUUGCAUCUUUUCUACGAAGAUGGAUCUCAUGUUGUUGAGAUUUCGGACGACAAAUGGAGGGUCGCCCCAAGUGCAACACUGUUAGCAAAUAUUUAUGCAUCCGAAACUCAUGAUCGCCGCUUAUACCCAAUAGGCUGGGAUGCGCCAGGCUUUGAUGAUAGCGCUCUAAAGUAUCAAAGUCAACCACCAGUUGUCCUUCAUGAAACUUUCACGCCAAUCAAGGAAACCUCUCCACGGCCCGGAACUAUCUGUAUUGAUUUGGGUCAAAAUUCAUCUAUCAUGACUGAAAUUGAAGUUGAAGGGGAAACUGGAAGUGAAAUCACAGUCAGAUAUGGAGAGACAACAUAUGAAGAUGGCACGAUUUGUAUGCCUGAUCCAUUAUUCAAAGAAUUUGAGACGAAAGUGUACUCGAAAUUCAUCUUGGCUGGAACAGGUGGUGUACGCAAUGCGAAAGAUACGGAAUCGAAAUUGCCACUGCUGCAUUCUGUCUGCGGUAGACACGUAUCGUCCGCUUCUUCAAGAUUGGGAACCAUGAAAACCGACAAAGAAGACGUCAAUGCUCUUCUCUCGGCAUUGAAGUGGACUUUCUCGAGUAACCUCUUCAGUUACCACACCGAUUGCCCUCAAAUUGAAAAGUUUGCAUGGCUGGAAGUAACUCAUCUUCUAGCACCAACUACACAAUAUAUGUGGAACAUGGAAUCUCUUUACACAAACAUACUAGACGACAUUCUGGAUGCCCAAGAGCGAUCAGGUCUCAUCCCUACCAUGGCGCCUGAAAUGACAUAUAUGUGUGGUCCCUUACACGAUACAAUCACCUGGGGCUGUGCACUAAUCCUCAUCCCCGAUAUUCUCCAACGCUAUUAUGGAACCACGAAAUCCAUUGCCAAGAUGUACCGAGCAGGCGAACGAUACAUGGCCUAUAUAAAAGGCAAAGAGCGAUUUGGUGGACUAAUCGAACAUGGUCUUGGAGAUUGGGGCCGAGGAAUCGCGCAUGGAAAUGCACAAGCAAUAUUGAAACAGCUAUUUAUCAUGAACCACAAGAAAAAGAGUUGGGAGAAAGAAGCAAAGAGAAUUUACGAUGUGUAUAAUCAACACUUAUUAGUGACAAAUGAUCCAUCUCGUCCUCACGCUUACUACACAUCCCGGGACGACUAUCCUAACCGCGAUUGCGACGCCGUAUGUCAAGCCCUCGCUCUCCAAUUUAAUAUGGUUCCUGAAGCGCAUAUCUCUGCCGUCCAAGCAUCUUUUCUUUCCGACGUCUCGGAUGGUAAAUUGCGCUCUGGAGAAAUCGGUCUGAGGCAUCUCUUUAACACGCUUGGAGAUCUCGGAAGAACUGAUCUAGUGUUGCAAAUGGCGAGACAAGAAGAACAUCCUAGUUAUAUGCGCUUCUUACGUAGGGGAGAAACCACUCUUCUUGAGUUUUGGCAGGAUGAAUGCAGGAGUAAAUGCCAUGAUAUGUUGGGAAGUAUUUUGGAGUGGUUUUAUGUCUAUGUCUUGGGGUUGAAGGUUGGGAUAAGGGAUGGAGAACUUUCACUGUGGCUCCCGCUUACCAUAGCGAGUUUGGUACUGUGGAAGGGGAGUUUGAGAGCCCUUACGGGAUGA